AUUAAAUUCACUCCUUCAAGCUAACGCCAGCAGACUCAGCGGUUCUCUGGCUUGCUGGCCCCAUUUCUGAUAUCUCUUUUACCACCCACCCACCCACCCACCCUCCCUCCCUCCUCCACUCCCCUUUUCUAGAUACCCUUUUGCUGCCGCACCUUCACGGUCACCAAAAAUAUAUUUCUAUUUAAUUCCAUCACAUAUCUGCGUAUUCAUCAAUUCGAUUAACGGUAGAUGUGAGAUUACAGUUUUUUUGUUUAUCGGAUCGGGAGUUUUUUGGUUACCGGAGAUGGGGGAUGGGGAUUCUAUUACUACGGCGGUGGGACAGAAUUUGGUGGACCGAGAUUUUAUGGAAGAAGCUUCUAGAAUCGUCGAACAAGCUAAGGAGUUGCAAGACGCAGCUUCUUCUUUGAUCUCGAGAACUACUCGUGAAGAGGAUUCGUUAAGGCAGAAAGCUAAGUCGCUUGAUUCGUGCGUCCAGGGGCUUCGUUCAGCUGUAAGGAAGAGUAAAUUGGAUCCUAAUCAAGCUGAAAAGUUGGAAGAGGAAUUGUUUAAAGCUAGUUAUGUAUUGAGUGAGGGAGAUGCUGCAGCUUUUCUUCCGAGCAAAUCUCAUGGAGGGUUUUUGAGGAUGUUUUUGGGGCCAAUCAAUGUUCGUGCUAACAGAAAGGAUGUGCAGCUGAAAGUGAAAGAGGAAUAUAAUAGUUUCAGGGACAGGACAGCAUAUCUAUUCCUUCUUUUCCCAUCGGUGCUACUAGUCUUGAGGUCUUGGAUGUGGGAUGGAUGUUUACCAGCAUUGCCGGUCCAACUUUACCAGGCCUGGUUGCUUUACCUCUACACAGGUUUGGCUCUGCGAGAGAACAUUUUGAGAGCGAAUGGAAGUGAUAUUCGUCCAUGGUGGAUAAAACAUCACUACUGUGCUAUGGCCAUGGCACUUAUAAGUCUUACCUGGGAAAUAGAAAGAGAACCUAACUGUUCACAGAAGCAGAGGGGCGUGCAACUGUUCCUGAAAUGGGCUAUCAUGCAAGGCGUUGCAAUGCUCCUUCAGAAUAGAUAUCAGAGACAAAGACUGUACACUCGUAUUGCAUUAGGAAAGGCCAGGAGAAUGGAUGUUGUGUGGGGAGAGACUGCUGGAGUAGAUGGUCAAUUAUUGUUGCUCUUCCCUGUAUUAUUUAUCUUGCAGGGAUUCGAAGCAUAUGUUGGAGUCUUGUUGCUUAAGACAGCAUUCAUUGGUGUUGUUUCUGAGUGGCAGGUUGUUACCUGUGGGAUCCUUCUGAUUAUCAUGGCAGCUGGGAAUUUUGCCAACACAGUGAAGACUCUUGUGACAAAGUCUCGGGUUAAAGCCAAAAUGAAGAGAGGCAAAAGUAAACAAGAUCUGAAAUCUGAAUCUCCCGCCAAAAGUUCGUGAUCGGGUGUGUCUGGUCCAGUCUAGUAUCCUGGCUAUGAUAGACGAAGAUGCGAAGUUAUUCUUCAUAUACCCUUUUUCUCGUUCAUAUGAGUACGCACCAUAAUGCUUCUCUGACACUGACUUUGGGCUUCCGAGGAUAGUUGCAGGAAAUAGUCGCACAUGCAGUCCCCCAAGGAAUGAUUUUGUUUGGUUCUUUAUGUUUUGAGUGUUUUCUUGUCUCGUGUUAAGAAAUUUAUGAUGGGAAGGGAUAUGUGUCUACGUUAAAAGAACUUUGACCGUUAGUGAUUUCCCUUGUUACUAAAUUUUGGUACUACUUAAAUAUUAAUGAUAAUUGUAAGCAGCAGAUGAACAAAGCCUCGUAUGGUUUUUACUUGAAGACUUGCUCUGACGUGUGCCUCCUUAUUUUGG